CAAAGAGAUCCUUCUUCAAGAUUAAGAUCUUGCAGCGUAACAGACACAGUUGCUGAACAGUCUCAAUUAUCCUUGCAGAGUGGUCCAUCUAGGAGAGCUCGUUCUUCAACUGUCACAGGUGGUGAGGAUCCAACGCCUUCAGUGGCCUAUGUACAUACUACACCAGGCUUACCUUCAGGCUGGGAAGAAAGAAAGGAUGCAAAGGGCCGUACGUAUUAUGUCAAUCAUAACAAUCGAACCACAACAUGGACACGGCCCAUUAUGCAGCUUGCAGAAGAUGGCAUGGUUGGGUCAACAGCAAACAGCAGCAACCAUUUAAGCGAACCCCAGAUAAGACGGCCUCGUAGCCUCAGUUCACCCACAGUAACUUUAUCUGCUCCACUUGAGGGUAUCAAGGACUCCCCCGUGCGCAGAGCAGUGAAGGACACCCUUUCCAAUCCACAGUCUCCACAGCCCUCACCUUACAACUCUCCUAAACCACAACACAAAGUUGCACAAAGCUUCCUUCCUCCUGGCUGGGAGAUGCGAAUAGCACCCAAUGGCAGGCCCUUCUUCAUUGAUCAUAAUACUAAAACUACUACAUGGGAGGAUCCACGACUGAAAUUUCCAGUGCAUUUGAGAUCAAAAGCAUCUUUGAACCCUAAUGAUUUGGGCCCUCUUCCUCCUGGUUGGGAGGAAAGAAUACAUUUGGAUGGAAGAACGUUUUAUAUAGACCAUAAUAAUAAAAUUACCCAGUGGGAAGACCCCAGACUGCAGAACCCAGCAAUUACUGGUCCAGCAGUUCCAUAUUCCAGGGAGUUCAAACAGAAAUAUGACUAUUUCCGGAAGAAGCUAAAGAAACCAGCUGAUAUACCAAACAGAUUUGAGAUGAAGCUACACAGAAAUAAUAUUUUUGAGGAGUCCUACAGAAGAAUCAUGUCUGUGAAGAGACCUGAUGUACUAAAAGCCAGGCUCUGGAUUGAAUUUGAGUCGGAAAAAGGACUUGACUAUGGAGGUGUGGCCAGAGAAUGGUUUUUCCUCUUGUCCAAGGAGAUGUUUAACCCUUAUUAUGGUCUCUUUGAAUAUUCAGCCACGGACAACUAUACACUUCAGAUUAAUCCUAAUUCAGGUCUGUGUAAUGAAGAUCAUCUGUCGUAUUUCACGUUUAUUGGUCGGGUUGCUGGUCUGGCAGUGUAUCAUGGGAAGCUAUUGGAUGGCUUCUUCAUCAGACCUUUUUACAAGAUGAUGCUGGGGAAACCAAUAACUCUGAAAGACAUGGAGUCAGUGGAUAGCGAAUACUACAACUCUUUGAAGUGGAUCCUGGAAAAUGACCCUACAGAGUUGGAUCUCAUGUUUUGCAUAGAUGAGGAAAACUUUGGACAGACAUAUCAAGUCGACCUGAAGCCAAACGGGUCAGAAAUCAUGGUAACAAAUGAAAACAAAAGGGAAUAUAUUGACCUGGUCAUCCAGUGGAGGUUUGUAAACAGAGUUCAAAAACAAAUGAAUGCUUUUUUGGAGGGAUUCACAGAACUUCUCCCUAUUGAUCUGAUUAAAAUUUUUGAUGAAAAUGAACUAGAGUUACUGAUGUGUGGCCUUGGCGAUGUUGAUGUCAAUGACUGGAGACAACAUACAAUCUACAAAAAUGGUUACUGCCCAAAUCAUCCUGUUAUCCAGUGGUUCUGGAAGGCCGUUUUACUGAUGGAUGCUGAAAAGCGGAUUCGAUUACUGCAGUUUGUUACUGGGACGUCACGCGUGCCUAUGAAUGGAUUUGCUGAACUUUAUGGUUCAAAUGGUCCUCAGCUGUUUACAAUAGAGCAAUGGGGAAGUCCUGAUAAACUGCCCAGAGCUCACACAUGCUUUAAUCGCCUAGACUUACCUCUUUAUGAAUCUUUUGAAGAUUUGCGAGAGAAGCUACUUAUGGCCGUUGAAAAUGCUCAAGGAUUUGAAGGAGUGGACUAA